UAAAAAUGAAUCUCAUUUUGAAAUCAAAUGGCAAGUCCUUUGUCAAAAAGGCAAAUUUCUAUUAUUUCAGAAUAUCACAUCUCUCCUAUGAAGAGACUUUCAGACUCUUAUUCAUCGUUUUGGCAUGUAAUUCUAAUCGAUAACUACUAGCUAUACUUUCCUUCUUUGUAUUUGAUGCCUUACGUUUCAGAUAGUACUUAAUAAUGACUGACAUUCCUGCAAUAUCCUAUUCCAGUUUCAGCAUCAUGUUAUUGGGAUUAAUCAUCGUUCAUGUAAGUGGACUAUUAAAUUUUUAGUACUCUAAAUGGGCUGUAAAUUACUUAUUCCGUGAUUUUGUGUAUAGGACCAUAUCAUCGUAAUAUUCAGGAGAAUUCAGGGACAUAAGAGUUAAAAAAAUUUUAAAAUGGCUAUUUGAUGGAGUAUACUAUUCAACAACUUCUGUAUAUAAUGCAUUGAAUAUAUUUAGAUACUCUGUUGGUAUUUCUUUCAUGAAGAGCCUUGGUAUCCUAAUGGGUUGGGAGGUACCAAUUACACAGGGAUUUGGUAGGAUUUUCCUAAUAUGGUCAAUGUAACAAUUGAUAUAAGAAUUUUAGAAUAAAUGGGUGAUCCCCUUCUAUAUGAUUCAAACAGCGAAUCAUUUAUAUGCCUUGAUCCACUUGGCGAUAAAGAGGAAGGAAGUAGAAACCAAAUAUUGGGAGUACAUGUUGCAUCACACUCUUGCAACCUGUCUGCUCAUCUUCUCAUCCCUUUAUAAUCAAUGUUAGAAUAUCGUAGUUAUCAUAUAGUUCGAUUUGGAAUUGUUGUAUUGGGAAUUCAUGAUAUUGCUGAUAUCAUCUUAUCUCUCUCGAGGGCUCAACAUGAUCUAAAAUCAAUCAAAUCCCUCAUGUAUAUGCAAUACGUAUUGCUUUUAUGCACAUGGAUUUAUACUAGAGUGAUCAUAUUUCCUUAAAUUAUUUUGGAGGCAAUAUUGAAUUACUCAGACUAGUAAUGAAAUUUUGUAUAUUAUUUUCAAGUCCUGAAGCAGCUUGGGGUAACAGGUAUCUCAUUGUCCAGAUGUGCAUCUUGUUUGGUAUGCACAUAUAUUGGACCUACUUUAUGAUGCAGGUGGGAAUUAAUGUGUUUAAGAAGGGCAAAAAAUACGAGGAAAUAAACACAUAUGACAACAAAGAAAUUCUGAAAUAAGAAAGAAAUUGAUAACCAUUG